AUGGGGCAGGGGGUGUUGCCAAAGCGAACUUACUUCCUCUGGGUCUCUGCUAAGGACUGUGUUCACGUCCACCUGGACCUGACCCGGUGUGGCCUCAUGUUCACACUCACCACCAACCUGGCCAACUGGAUGGCGGCCGUGGUGGAUGAAUCCGUGCACCAGGCCUACUCCCACAGCAAUGCCAGCCACGCCCGCCUGGCUGCCGACCAGCGAGUGGGCAGCCAGGCCGGAGGCGACUGCGCCUGCGCCACGACCGUCUGCCAGAUCUUCGAGCGGGGCUACUUCUACCUGUACCCCUUCAACAUCGAGUACAGCCUCUUCGCUUCCACCAUGCUCUACGUCAUGUGGAAGAACGUGGGCAGGCUGCUGGCCUCCUCCACCCACGGCCACGGCCACGGCCACACCCAUUCCCGGGGCAGCCUCUUCCGGGAGACAUUCUUUGUGGGCCCCGUCCUGGGCCUGAUGCUCCUCCUGGUGGGGCUGGCCGUCUUCAUCAUCUAUGAGGUCCAAGUGAGUGGGGACGGGGACCACACCCAGCAGGCCCUGGUCAUCUACUACAGCUUCAACAUCGCCUGCCUGGGGCUCAUGACCUUGGUCAGCCUGAGCGGCUCGGUCAUCUACCGUUUUGACCACCGGGCCAUGGACCACCAUAAGAACCCCACACGCACCCUGGACGUGGCCCUGCUGAUGGGCGCCGCCCUGGGCCAGUACGCCAUCUCCUAUUACUCUAUCGUCGCUGUGGUGGUGGGGGUGCCCAGGGACACGCUGGGGGCGCUCAACCUCGCCCACGCAUUGCUCAUGAUCGCCCAGCACACCUUCCAGAACGUGUUUAUCAUUGAGAGCCUCCACCGGGGCCCGCCGGGGGCUGAGCCCCACGACGCCCCUCCCAAGGAACCCUGCCUUACCUUCACCAACCCGGACGCCCUCCACGCUUUGCCAAGCUGCCCACCCACCCCCAGGUCGGUGAGCCCCGGCCUGGUGGGCCCUCAGGAAGCCACGGCCAUCAUCCUGGCUCCCCGGGCCCACUGGAGACGCCGAUGCCUGAAGGACAUUUCUCUGUUUCUUCUGCUCUGCAACAUCAUCCUGUGGAUCAUGCCCGCCUUCGGGGCCCGCCCUCACUUCAGCAACAAGGUGGAGGUGGACUUCUACGGCUACUCCCUCUGGGCCGCCAUCGUCAACAUCUGCCUGCCUUUCGGCAUCUUCUACCGCAUGCACGCCGUCUCCAGCCUGCUGGAGGUCUACGUGCUGGCCUGAGGCCCCCCGCAGACACGCCCACCCAGAGGCCCCCGGGAGUGAGCCCCAGGCUGGCACAUGACCCCUCGUCCCCCCGCUGGCUCCAGAGUGGAAUUUUCACAAAAGCUAUUUUUUCAGGAUGUUUUUAAAUUGCAAUCGGGACAUGCCCAGCCACCUGGCAUGACCCUGGUGCAUGGGGCUACGGGGCGGGGACCCCUCUCCCUAAAGCGUUUCGAGGACCAGGUAAGAUCCGGAAGUGUCCGUGGCUCCGGCUCCGCCUCUAAUCCCAGCCCUGUGACCUGGCCAGUGCUGCUGCCCCCCCACCCCUCCGGAGCUGGGAACCAAUAA